CUUGGCUUCCCACGUGCCAAUAAGAUUCGCAUUUAGACAACUCUUGCGGCUCGCUGCCAAGACUGCGUAUCUCAUCUACCUGGCUUAUCGGGUUAAGCGGCCGAGAUACUGGCAUGGUCUGGAUCAAUUUGGAAGCUCCAAUGUUUCCCAUCGUGAUACCACAGGUCCGGAUCGAGGAGAAGAAAUUUCGGAAGGGACUACAUACCUACGUGCCUUAUUUAAACCCGACGUCUAUUCCUGCUUUCCGGUGCAAGUGAGGAUCGUCACUCACCAGCCAGCUUGUGAGUAAGGACCGGGAGCACCCCGCUGCGUUGCUCGUCGUUCUCUUGUACUAUAGAGACUCAACAAGUAGAUUGAUUCGGUCGUGCAAUAAUGGUUCGCGUUCCUUCUUUCUCUGUCCUCUCUAUAGCUGCCAGUAUAGCUGGCCUGGCUUUAGCUGAAGACUCGCUCUAUAGUAAGCGCUUGUCGAAGCGCUUCAUUGAUGCAGACGGCAACUUUAACAUCUCGUUCUACCACAUCAAUGAUGUGCACGCGCACCUAGACGAGUUCUCUUCAUCGGGGACUGAUUGCACCAAUCCUUCAAAGGGCUGUUAUGGCGGUUAUGCUCGUAUCAAGACGGUCAUUGACGACACACGACCGGACCAUAACGACAGCUUGUUGUUGAACGUAGGGGAUGAGUUUCAGGGUACUCUGUUUUACUCAUUUUACGGUGGUGAAAAAAUUGCCGAGACUCUCAACCAACUCGAGUUCGACGCCAUGACCCUGGGAAAUCAUGAAUUCGAUGGCGGCGACGACAAGUUAGGCGAUUUCUUAAAAAACCUAACAUUCCCUAUUAUAUCUGCAAAUAUUGUGUCGGAAAAUGAGAAGCUAAACUCUACCAUCAAACCGUAUCAUAUCUUCGAGCAGUACCAACUAGCCGUUAUUGGCGUGACAACUGAGACAACAGCCGGGAUCAGCAAUCCUGGCAACGGUACGACGUUCACAGAUGCGGUCGCUGCAGUCCAAGCCUCGGUCGACGAAAUCCGCAGCACGACGAACAUCACUCGAAUUGUAGCUAUCACGCACAUCGGGUACGAACAGGACAAGCGUCUAGCUCGUGAGACAACAGGCCUUCAACUUAUCAUGGGUGGCCAUAGUCACACGCUACUUGGCGAUAUGGAGGGCGCCGAAGGCAAGUAUCCCACCCUCGAGACGAACAAGGACGGCGAUGAAGUCUUCAUCGUCACCGCUUAUCGCUGGGGAGAGUACUUGGGUUAUAUCGACGUUACGUUCGAUUCAGAGGGAAAAAUACUUGCCUACCACGGUGCCCCGAUACAUAUGACGAACACCACUAAGCAAGACGAGGACUUGCAGGCACAGGUUGAAGAAUGGAGGAAACCAUUCGAAAAGUUUGCAGCGGAGGAGAUUGGUACUACGAAUGUUGUGCUCGACCAAUCGACCUGUCAAAAGCAGGAGUGCACCCUGGGUGAUUUGGUAUCUGACUCAAUGCUGCAAUAUCGUGUAGACGGUGGAAGUAAAGCAGCCUUUGCUCUCACGAAUGCGGGAGGCAUCCGCGCUACCAUCGACUCCGGGCCUAUCACGCGAGGCGAGGUGCUCACGUCUUUCCCUUUCGGUAAUGCUGUGGUUGAGGUUGAUUACAGCGGUGCAGACUUAUGGAAGAUAUUCGAGGGUCUCGUCAGCGGUGUCAACCAGUUCAAUCAGCGGAAUGUCACUAGCUUCUUCCAAGUCAGCCGUGGCGUUAAAGUCGAGUAUAACCCGAAUAACGCUGUUGGCGAACGUCUUGUUCGUCUUACGAUUGGUGAUAAACCCGUCGAUGAAGAAGCUCAGUAUACGAUUGUUACGGUUGAUUUCAUAACUGGUGGUGGUGACAAUAUGUUAGAACCGACUCAAGAUGUGGUUAUUCUUGAUACUUUAGACGAGGUGCUAGUUGACCAUAUCCGCAAGACGAGCCCGAUCGACUUCCAGCUCGAUGGUAGGAUAGCUACUGUUAGUGGUAACGCGGGGGCCAAUAAUACGACUACGGACGACGCACCUGCGCCAACCACGACUCCGAAUAGUGCUGGAAGGGUGGACAGCGUGAUGUCGAUAUACCUAGGGCUAACAGUUCUAUCCGGAGUUGUGUUGCUAUAGGCGAAUUAAUACCGUGGCCGUACUUCGUAUAGAGGCUAGGUAAAUAAUAAACAUUUUCCAACGCCCAAUAAAAUUCAUAAUAGUCUAUGUAAGAAGCAGCCUGAGACAUUGUCACGGUGACAAUCUUAUGUCGAAUCAUGUAGCAGCCUGGCUUCAAAGCCCGGG